UGUCCCAUAGUUCUGUCUCCAAUCAGCACACCCCAGGGCUCUGAUCUGUCUUUGAACACCUGCUAUGUGGAUGAAGAAUACACCUGAGAACAAGUGAAGAGAAGAUCCAGCAACCCCUGACUUCACCCCCAAGGAGAAAGAGAGACACGGAGAAUGGUGGAUCUUCCAGGGCACAGUCUGUCUGGUGUGAUUGCCUCCUUCUUAUUCAUCCUGCUGACCAUGAAGCAAUCAGAUGACUUCAGAGUGAUUGGUCCUGCAUAUCCUAUCCUGACCAGGGUUGGGGAAGAUGCACUGCUAACCUGUCAGCUCUUCCCCAAGAGGACUGCAAUGCACAUGAAGGUGAAGUGGUACCGCACAGAACCUGACAUGCCUGCAAUUGCACACUGGGAUGGAGUUGAGAUGACUGAGAUGCAGAUGGAGGAGUACAGAGACCGGAUAGAGUGGAUAGAUGACAGCAUUGCAGAUGGAAAUGUGACUCUGAAGAUACACAACAUCCAACCAUCCGACAAUGGGCAAUACUGGUGCCAAUUCCAGGAGGGGAACUAUCAUAAAGAGACAAGCUUGCUGCUCAAAGUAGCAAAUAUGGGGUCUGCCCCUAAAAUCCACAUGGAAGGACCCAGGGAAGGUGAGGUCCAGCUUGUGUGCACUGCAAAGGGCUGGUUCCCAGAACCCCAGGUCUAUUGGGAAGACAUCACAGGAGAGAGGUUGCUGACUGUCUCUGAGCAUCAUAUCCAAGAUGAAGAGGGCCUGUUCUAUGUGGAAGACACCCUUGUGAUCAGGAAUGUGUCUGUAGAAACUGUGUCCUGCUUCAUCCACAACCCUGUCCUCACAGAGGGGAAGGGGGCAGUCAUUGCCCUCCCAGAGAAACUCCAGACUGAGCUGGCAUCCUUAAAAGUGAUUGGACCUUCCCAGCCCAUCCUGGUCAGAGUGGGAGAAGACAUACAAUUAACCUGUUACCUGUUCCCCAAGGCUAAUGCACAGAGCAUGGAGGUGAGGUGGGUCCAAGCCCACCAUUAUCCUGCAGUUUAUGUAUAUAUGAAUGGGGACCAUGUGGCUAGAGAGCAGAUGGUAGACUACAGAGGGAGGACUGCACUGAUGAGUGAUGCCAUCCAUGAGGGGAGACUAACCCUGCAGAUACAAAAUGCCAGAACUUCAGAUGAUGGGCAGUACCAGUGCCUUUUUGAAAAAGAUGGUGUCUACCAGAAGGCCAGUUUGGAUCUGAAGGUGGUAGCUGUGGGUUCUUCCCCGAGGAUCACCAUGGAGGUGCUGACAGAUGGAGAGAUACAGCUGAUGUGCACUUCAAAUGGGUGGUUCCCACAACCCCAAAUGCAAUGGAGAGACAUGGAAGGAAAGACAAUACCAUCAAUUUCUGAGAUCCUGCAUUCAGACAGCCAUGGGCUGUUCCAUGUGGAGACAUCUCUUUUGAUCCCUAACAGCUCCAUGGCAAAUGUGACUUGUUCCAUCAGCAACCUCCCUCUGGGUGAGGAGAAAAAAGCAGCUUUUACUCUCUCAGAGUCCAGGAUGGCAUUUUCAUGGACGAUACUACCUGUUUUGGGAUUGCUUUUUGCCAUGGUCAUAGGCCUGAUCAGGAGGAAGAACUGUGAGAAAGUGAAUAUGACCCUGGAUCCUAAUACAGCUCACUCAAAACUGAUUCUUUCUGAGGAACACGAGGGCAUGACCCACGAUCAUUCAUGCAGCCAGACAUUCCACAGAGAUCUGACUCUCUGCUCUACCUGCUGGGCCAUAAGGGGCUCACAUCUGGGAGGUGGUACUGAGAGAUGGAGGUCAGGGAUGGGACAGGAUGGGUCUCUGAUGUCAAGGACAAUGUCUUAAGGAAAAGUCAUCAUUGUGUCACAGUCAUCACUGUGUCAUCAUUGUGUCACCUCAUAUCCCACUACCCAGAAAUUCUUAUCUGGACUUUCUAUCGGCCACCCCUUUCUCCUUACUGUAUCUGAACAAACACCCAGAGCCCACCUAGUUGCAGGUCCAUCUUCCUUUUACCUCCCAAUAAUGUUUCCCUGGGGUAAAGCAAUUCUGACCCAUCAUGGGUUUGGGGCAGUAGUUGCUAUGGAAAUAUGUACUGGGCCAUCACCUCUCCUCCUCCAAACCUUCUCCUGAGGUGGCCCCUGGAUGAUUGGAGUGUCCCUGACUGUGCCUCUGGAUAUCUUUCUUUUGUAACAUGAUCAACAGGUUUCCUCUCUACACCUUUCUUCAGAAUUUUUUCUCUGGAAUUCUAUACCCACUCUUCAUCAUGUGGUCCCCUGAUGUAGUUCUCUGUACAUCUGUACCCAGAAGGACCCCUUCAACAUCUUCGAGGGAAACAACAACCUUGAAUUCUGAAAACCAGGAUGAUAAUGAGAGUCCCGGAACUGUCGUCCUUUCACCAACUGCUGGAAGGAGGCUCUUAUCACCAUUGAUCCCUUCAGAGGCCUAUCCUACUCCAGGUUCUGUGAUAUUCUAACUCCUAAUUACAAACUGAUAUCAUAUGACCAAACCCUUACAAAAUCCAAUGGGAAAUGCAGUUUAGCACAUAGGAGGAAAUGAAAGCACUCAUCAAGUAUUCAAUCAGUUGUUUUAAAAUAGUGGCAAUUAAACUGUCCAUGUAAGUGGAGCUGAGAAAACAAAAAAUAUGGUUAAAGAACAGUGAGAAAAAACAGCUGCAUAUAAAGAGAAAAAUAUAAUCUUGAAAUUAUAUUGUGUUGUGUUGUGAAAUCCCUACUCCAGACUUUUUCAAAAAGUUAAGAAAGAAUGUGGAGUGAGGAAACUUUUUAGAAAUUCCAAUCCAAGAGAAAAAUUAAUUAUGUAUCAUGCAUAUGACAACACCAUUUUAAUAUUUAAGGCAAAAUAAAGUGCACAAUUUAGAAUUAAUAAUUAUAAAAUAUAAAUAUAAGCAAUAAGGGCAACAAAGAGUAAACAAUAAAGUGAUAAGUUAAAGAAGAGAAACUGUAUGUGGAAGAAGAAAGAAUUUUUUUAAGUCUUUAAGAAAGAAAAUGGACAACAACGAAGGUGAUGGGUUAGAGUUACCUAUAUUCCUCCAAAGAACUAUAUGGGCUUCAAUAUUACAUACAUAAAAUAUAAUGAUAAAUUAUUUUGUUACAUCUUAAAAAAAAGAAAGGGUCUUAAAUUCUCAUGAAGCAAGAAUGAGGAAUAUCUGCUAAAGACACUGCUGCUUUCCAGGAUGGCAAACAUCACAAAGUUGUCCCUAUCCUUUGAGGAUCAUUCAUCUACAGCAUUCUGGAGUCUCUCUUUUGGAUCAUAAUAUUUUCUUUCUAUUUCUAAACUCAUAAAUUUAUGUUUGAAAUUGUUAUUCUCUCAAGUAUUUGCAAAUUUAUUUUACUUUUUCAAUUAUGGUAAAAUAAAUGCUGAAUAAAAUUCAUCAUU